GGCCGGUAUUAGUUAGUAGUUUUUAGGUUUAAAGAUUGACCACAGCUUUUGAGCAUGGGGUCGAUGUGACCGCACGCGUGUAAUGACGUAAGUUUCUUGACGCGUGUAAUGCCGGGUCAAAAGAAUCUUUUUUGCAAACGGUGGCUUUAAAUAUAAAUUUUAUAUUAUUAGUAACACAAAUCAUAAUUUUUAAAACCCCAAAAAAUCUAUAAUAUACCUAAGGAUAUCUAAAAUUAGAAACCGCAAAAUAUUUUAAAGUUGAAAUAAAUGGAAUAUUGUAGGAAGACAAUUAGUUCAACCGUUGUCUUACCUUAAUUACAGUCCUGUGACGUGAUACUUUUUAAUUGUGGGGAUUUUCGAUAUGGAUGAAGAAAAUCAACCUGAAAUCCUACUGCUGCAAGCAAUUUUAAGCAAUGAUUUACUUCGAAUAGAAAUCAUAUUGCGGGACGAACCUGUAUUAUUUCAAUGCGUUUAUCCCGAGCCAUUUCGGAAAACGGCCCUUGUAAUAGCUUGCGAUGAUGAUCAAGUCGAUGUCAAAGUUGUAAGUAAACUAUUGCAAUUGGGUGCCGAUAUUCACGAUCGUCAAUCAAAAGAUAGUUGGGAAGCUAUACAUUUUUCAGCGGCCAAAACAAACAAUGGAAAAUUAAAGGUCCUUCUAGAUCAUAGUCCUGAUUGUGUGAAUUCUUUAGAAAAAAAUGGAAACAAUGCGUUGCACAUCUUAAUUCAAUACGGAAAUCAAACUUCUUCAAACUUUUUGAGGUGUGCAAAAUUAUUAAUUGACAAUGGAACUAAUAUUCAUCAUUUUAAAAAUGAAAUUCUACUCAAAAUUUUAAGAGAGGAACGUCUAUUUGAAACUUUAACAAUUAUGUUGCAAGAAUCUUCUGAAAAAAAUCCCCAACAAGAAAUGAAAAAUUUUAGUAAGCUAGUGCAAUAUAUUUACGAAGAAGAUCAAGUCAGAUGUAAAAAAGAAAUUGACGAAAUGUCAGAAGCUUUCAUAGAUGGAUGCAUUCCAGGUACAAAUAGUACUGCUUUGCAAAUGUGUUGCAGUAAAGGUUUGUACGAUAUUGUCAUACAUUUGUUAAGUAAAGGUGCUAUUCCAUGGAUAACAACAACAACGAAUGAAGAUAAGCCGGUCAUGAUAGCCGUCAAAAAUGGACAUCAUGGCAUUCUCUGCGCUUUAUUGGACAAACAUAAAAUACGGGACAUUCCAAACAAAUUGCUCGGCGAAUUGAUAUGUUUUAUACAUUCAGGGGAAUCCAACAUUGAGUGUUACGAAAUUCUGAUGAAAAAAAUUAAAUCUGCCAACGCUUUGGAUGCGAAAUUGAAAAUCAGUCAAGGUGACGAAAUAAAUAAUACUCCGUUGUUGUACGCAAUAUGGUAUCACAAUGAAACUAUCACCAAGCAACUUCUCAGCUUAGGAGCGUUCAUCGGAUCAAAAAGUAACUUCGGAGAUACUCCUAUGGAGUACAUGGAUACUGAAACAUUCAAAAAGCAUUUAGAUGAUUCUAUAAUAAUAAAAUCAAACAAAAAACGAAAUCAACCGAAUUUCACUGUUGAGUUCGAUGUUCAAUGCUUAAUUCCGCCUUAUUCCAAUGAGCCUGAAGAUGUAGAAGCUGCAUCUGCAUCAGCUUUGGCACCAAAUGUAACAGACACUGAGGUUCUCUACCACAUAGCACAUUCUCAAGACUUGCAACAUUUUUUAAAGCACCCAGUUAUAGUUGCUUUCUCAGCUUUUAAGUGGACACAAUAUCAUGGACUAUUUUGGGGGAACUUUGUAAUUUUUUCUGCAUUCGCUUUUUGUCUUUUGUCAUUUAUAUUUCUCGACUUUUUAAAAUCUAUGAUGGGUAUACAUAUUCCAUAUUUUAUACUUAUUUGCGUCCAAUUCUUUUUAUGGUUAACGAUGAUCGUAUUUCUUAUUCGCGAAAUACUCCAGGCAUUUAAGUAUCCAAAAGAAUAUUUGAAAAGUCCUGAAAAUUAUUUGGAGUUAUCUCUGAUAUUUUGUUGUUUUUUAGUACUGUGUGAAUACGAAAAACGACAAAUAUGGUCUUUAUCAAUAAUUUUAUUAUCUUUUGAAUUCAUGGAUAUGUUAGGAAAGCAUCCUCAUUUCUCGACACAUAUUGUAAUGCUUAAAACAGUGUCAUUUAAUUUUUUUUGCGCAUUACUAGCAUAUUCUGGACUUAUAUUUGCAUUUUCAUUUAGUUUUUAUCUAUUAUUUCAUGCCAACGAUGCUUCAGAUAACAGCAGCGAUACGAUCUUUUAUGAUUUGGGACAGGCGAUUUUUAAAACUGUUAUUAGGGUAACAGGAGAAUUUGAUUCUUCUGACAUGGAUUUUGAGACUUUUUACGUUACAAGCAAACUAGUUUUUUUGCUUUUCAUUUUCAUAAUACAUUUAAUUCUACUCAAUCUUCUAAGUGGUUUGGCGAUAAGUGAUACAGAUAAAAUUCGAAAAGAAGCAGAACUUUUAGGACACAUAGCAAGGAUUGAUUACAUGAAACACGUUGAGCAAUCAGAGUUUUUAAUGUUUGUCAAUAGGUUCUGUCGAAAAAAUAUAUGUUGUAUGAAUCGAAAAAAAUCUUCGCAACAAUUUAACGAUAAAAUAUUGUUUCGUCUUAAUGAAAAUAAAUUUGUCUUUGAUUCAGAUAAUAUAAUACUUAAUUGCAUGAAUGGUAAGACGUUGAAGUUAAGUAAAGAGACUAUAGCAAGAAUUCAUAGGAUUCUGCAAAAACGUAAAUAAUUACAUGCAAAAUUUAUGCAAUACAUUUAACUUGAUGUAUUUAUAAUAAUAUGUAUCGGCCUUAUUUAUUAUGGCAAUUGCUCUAGAAAAUAA